AUGUCACCUGUCCAAAGAAGCUCGCCACCAAACGACCCAGGCAGUCUUUUGGGUUUUAAUUUCCCUUUGAAAGCCUGGAGAGAAAUUGGUGGUCGUGAAGUCCACCUAGCACGAAACCAACCUCUUAUUCUCUCAUCCCAGGGUGAAGGAACACAGGAAAUUAUACUUGAUUACGGAAGAAGCGUAGGAGGACUCCCCUUUAUCGAGACGGCCAAUGUGACUAGUAAUGGACGAGCGGCUGUAGUAGAUGUUGUGUAUAGUGAAACAAGCACGGGAGUUCAUAACAGAAAAAUUGGAGAGGGCCGUUUCGUGUCAUCAAAUGAGUUACUCAACAAGAUAUGGAGAGAUGGUGUCAAUACUGUUGAUCGAUGCACAGUUGAGGCUGGAGAAGUACAAGAGACUUGGGAAGUAGCUGAAUUCGGAACUAGGAUAUCAGGACAGCGAUGGGCACCUUGUCGUCAUGGGACGCGAUGGAAAGAUAAGAAGAUCAAAUUUAAGGUGAAAAUCGAGUCCGGCGGAGCUAGUUGGGGUAUUCAUAUGGUGGAAAGUGGAUUGAUCUUCUCCAUGGACAUCGUGUCAAGGAGGUUAUCGGCUUUCGAAGGCGCUUCGGAUACUUCACCGUCAAUACUAAGAGGAACAUGGGACCUUGCCGGAAGUCUAGACUUGUUUGAUUGGCUUCGGAUUGAUAUUGAAGCUCGCGGUUCAAGCGUUUUGGUGAAGAUCAACUGCAGAAGAGUCGCCCUUCUAAAGCGAUUGAGUAUAUACUCGUCGCCCGGAUGCGGGCCGAACACCGGUUCUAUUGCUUUCGGUGGUCCUGCACAUUAUGUUGCAGUAUAUCGAUCGCUAGUGGUGAGAGAUGUUAAUGACAACAUUCUUUACGAGAAUGAUAUGAGAGUCCAAAACAAAGUGCGCGUUUUGGCAGACUUUCAUGUCGGGACAAACCAGAUACCAUGUACAGUGGACAGUGCAAAAGGCCAUCGUAUAUGCUCCGCUGGUGAUCUGUUCGUGAUGGGGCGAUCCAUUUACCAUUCAACUGGGUAUUUAGAGGCGAUUCUAGGAAGCCUUUCCUUGCUUUCCAGUCACCAAGAAAGUGAUGGUUACCUUGGAAACAUAAGCCCAAUACAAAAGACAUUCUUCGAGAAUGAACGAAGUGAGCCUCCAACCUACGCUUUUUACUCCCUCACCCUGAGCUUCCAGCUUUUGGUAGCUGUUAAAGACUAUUGGAUGUACUCAGGGGAUUGCUCUAUUGUGGAGAUGAUAUGGGACAAGAUGGAAAGAUCGAUGGAUUUCGCAAUACUUUAUGAAGAUAAACGAGGAUUGAUUAUGGCACCACCAAAUAUGUCAAGAGAUGAUAUGUCACCCGACAUACUGAUAGGUGCUUCAUCGAAGUUAAAUCUUGCAUACUACGAUGCCCUGAUUUCCAUGAGCAAGAUGUGUGGCAUAUUCGGAGUAGAGGAUCAAUAUACACCACGUGCAUUGGUACUCAAAGAGAAAAUACUGAAGAAUUUAUGGCAUGCAAAAACAGGGGUUUUGCGGCUGAGUGACCAUUCCCCACCAACGAUGAUAUCCCACGAAGUUAAUGCAUAUGGAAGAAUUCUUGGUGUCAUACCUCAAACGGAAAGUUUAGAUGAGCUCUUGGGGCUUUCAAAAACAGGAGAACUUCCAUCUACAAUUCGGGAUUUGGAAAGUAGAAGAUACGUGAAUACUGUGAGUCCUUAUACUUGUGGAAUGGCAGCAGAGGCACUGUUUCAAGCCGGUAAAGGAUAUGAAGCGGUGGAAUUGGUGGAAAGAGUAUGGGGUCCUAUGUCAGAUCCAGAAAAUGUAGAUUAUUCAGGAGGACAUUGGAAAGAGAUAAAGCCAAAUGGGCAGCCAACUUCAUCUGCGACUUCAUUGAUGCAAGCACGAUCUACCUGGCCGGUUUCUAUUCUUCCGCAAUACCUUGCGGGGGUUGAGCCAAUCUAUCGGGGCUGGUCUCGUUGGAAAGUGCAUCCUGUACUUGCAGGACUUACUUUUGUGGAUUACCGACUUUCAACGUCAAUGGGGGAGAUCUCUGUGGCCAUUCACAUACACGAACCAAGUAGCACAGGAGAGCUUACAGUGUUUGUCCCUAAAGGGACAGUGGCAGACUUGUAUCCACCAAAGGGCUGGAUUUUCCUAGCAUCUAGGAGUAUAUGUGCGGAAUAUCUGGAGAAGAAAAUCGUUAUAGGGCAGGAUGAAGAAGUAACUUUACGGCUUUGUUUGUCGCCUCGAAAUAGUGACUCGGCGCCGAGCAGACCAAGUUUAAGGGAGCCACCCUGGGAAGAUUACGAGCCUGAAACACAAGAGGAAGAACUGAAAGGUCCAUGCUGUAUAAAACGACUCGGCCGAAAAUUCUAUAAGUUAUGUAGAGAAUAA